AUGGCAACCCUCAACAGCACCCACUGGAACGAGACUACAUCCAUUUCCCAGUACCUGAGCUUUCAAGUGCAAAAAAUCUACCCUUUCCACGAUAACUGGAACACUGCCUGUUUCGUUAUUCUGAUCAUAUUCAUCUUCACCGUAGUUUCUCUGGUGGUGUUGGCUUUCCUCUACGAGCUGUUGGACUGUUGCUGCUGUGUGAAGAAUAAAACCAUGAAAGACUUGGAGAAUGAGCCCAAUCCAGUCAGAGCCAUGAUCAACAGCUUCAGAAAGCGUGAAACCGAAGUGGUGUAG